AUGCCGACAAUUCCUCCGCAAACCCCCGGGAGAGGUCAGGUGCGAACUGACAAUUCACGAGCAUCCAAUCUCUCCAACGAUUCGGGCUCGGGAGCAGAAACCCCAGCCCGCAGGCGCCUACAAAAAUCAGCCUCGACUAAUUUUCCCUCGAAUACUUCCAACUAUGAAUCCUCUUAUGGGGUGGCCGGGCCGCGUGCAGGUGGGAUGAAUAGGAGAAGAAUGUCAAUUCGGGAUCAGAAGGUGCCUCAAGGCCCGCGGCCCCAAGAUGCAUCACGAUGGAACAAACCUGGCCCGUAUAUCCAUUCUGGAAAUUCAUCCGUUGAUUCUACCCUCGACUCAAGCAAAAACUUCAACCUUCGGUCUACGAGUGUGGGGAACCUGGCCAAGGCCGACCCCAAUUCAGCAGAGAACGGCGAUUUCCUUGCGCCAGUCAACUUCGACGACUUCCAUAACAGCAUCAUGGGCGAGCCUAGCUUGAACCACUUCCCUAUGCCCGGGAACAGUUACGCGGGGGAGAAUCGCGAAGCAGGUCCGACCAAUCCCUGGGAAACGCACAACUACGAGCACAAUGCCCCGGAGCGUACGCGGGGUCCUCCUUCGGCUCGCCGAAAAAGUGAGGUGCAGCGUCCGAACGGUCAACCUGCCGGUGCAGGGCUCACGGCAUCAUCUGCCAACACCCGUGCCCGUCGCCAGAGCCUAGCUCAACCGGCAGCUGGGAACACUGCUUCGAGAGGCUCUCGGAAAUCAAUCAGCUCUGGGGCUUUUGCGCCUACGAAUGCUUCGGCCAGGCGUGCAAGUCUGAGUGCCCGUAAAUUUAGCACGGACACCACUCAGGCAAGCACUGCUUUCCUCCGCCCCAGAACCCAAGACUCUGAAACCAAAGUUCCUGCUGCCGUUCGAAACCUCAAGGCCAAAUCGUUCCAGCCUAGUCCACGAGAUGCUCCCGGUCCUUUUUUGACCGCGACAGCUCCCGCUGACCACUCGCGAUCGUCGUCGACCAAUGCUGUGCGAACACCGGUGAAGAACCCCGCGGGUGCCGCGGCGACCCCUUGCUCAUCCUCAAAACGCGCCUCUGUCAUGCCACCGCACGCGACUGGACUGGGUGCUAGAACUAUCAGUCCUACCGAUGCACGACGAAUGAAGCGAAUGUCCAUUGCUCCGACUGCGCCUCCAAUGCCACAUACACCUCCAACCCAAACAGAACCUCUUCCAAUGCGUCCUCUUUCUUCGACUCAAUCUCCCUCUCAAAUCCCAAGGAAGAGCGUCACACCCUCCUCAAAUCGCACCACACCCGACCCCAAUCGCAAAUCCUACAGUUCAGGUCUGUCUGUUUCUUCGAGCACUAGUUAUAACUCAGCACGCAAUUCUGGAAGUUCGCUCCAGAAUCGUCUCUCUCAGAACCUGUCCUCUUCCCGGUUACCAACACCAAAACCGAGGACGGAGCAAACGAAUCCCAACGGAGAAGAAGUACCACCAGUUCCAGCAAUCCCUAAAGCUUAUGAGUCACCUAAGGGUGAACUGGAUGCACCUGUGUUCCCUGCGCCCAGAAAAUCGAGCAUUCCCCUCGACAUUGGUCUUUUGAACAUCAAAGACUCGGGCUCCACCCAGCAAACAGCUAGUACAGGUCCCGUCGAGAAUGCCGAGCCUACAGACACUGUCAACACGCCUGAUGUACGAACACGUACUUCCACGGUCUUAGGGGGGCGCAAGGGCUUGCAGCCAUUGAAGCUGCCCCCACUAAACCUGUUGCCUCUGGGAACCCCUAUGGCGGCUAAGAUCGAUGCACUCAAAGACAGGGACGAAGAGCGCGAUGCCCACACACCGUCUAACCAGGUCCUUUCAAAAACACCCGGGACCCCGAUGACAGCAUCCAAAGCGAGUUUCUGGUAUCAUGACGAGGAUGAAAAACUGCCCCACACUCAAGCUCGGAGCAGCACCUCGCACUUUGCUGUCAGUUCCUCAACUGCCGCAGUGCGCGCUUCGAGUAGCACGAGCGCUUUUGAAUCUUUCGAGACUCCCGGCUCCUCGGCUCGCAACAUUUCUCCCUAUGCUUCAUACACAUUGCCCAAGAGCGGUACCGAGCUGAACCAUCUCCGUCAUCAAGUCAGCGCGGAUUACUCCAACCGAAACCAGCCGCAUAAGUUGACGGGGCCCCGACCACAGACCCAGAGUGCUGUCUUCACGCCUGCUCCAGAACGACUCAGUCAAAUAUCCACGCCUUCCGAGCCCGAGAGUGUCACCGCGUCAAGCUCCUCGCUGCGCGACCGCCUCAAAGUUGCGCGUCUUCGCAGUAACUCGAAAGCACAGAAAGCUGAUGCCGAUACUGAUACUGAUCCAGCCAAGUUCAACCACAUGCCACCACCUAAGCUGCCAGCAUCUGCAACGUGGAACAACCUAUCCUCAGUCAGCUCAACAAGUCCGAAUCCUAAGCCGUCCUAUCUCAACCCUCGUCGACAAUCAUCUGUUUCAAGCGCAAUCAAUCCAGCGGCCCGCAAACCAAGCGUCAGCAGCGACAGGAGUCUCGCCCUGGAGCCAACUCCUUCCCACGAGUCAGGUGAAAGUGAUCGUUCAAGACGCGUGCAUAGCUCUUACAUCUCUCCUGUCCACAAAAUGAUCAACAAUGCUAGAUCUAGCGCCGCGGCUGCCCCACGGUCUACUGAUGGUGAAGUCGACACAGAUGUGAUCAUUGCAGACGAAGAGAUGAAACGACUUGGAUCUAAGCGGAAAGACUUUGAAAAGGCAGCCAGGGUGCUCGAUGAUUUACGGCGCAAGGCUGGGCCCAAGGACCGUGUCAGUCCCGCUCAGGCGUUGAAAAUGGCGACUCUCAACAUCUUCGAACGGGGUGAGAUUAUCGAUUAUCGGGAUAUCUUCUUCUGCGGUACCCAAACUGCCAAGAAGCAUGUCGGAGACCUUCAUUCCGGUGCCGCAAACUUCGGAUAUGACGAUGACCGCGGUGAUUACAACAUCGUGGUUGGCGAUCAUCUUGCCUACCGGUAUGAGGUUGUUGACGUCCUGGGCAAGGGAAGUUUCGGACAAGUCGUGCGAUGUGUUGACCACAAAACGGGCGUCUUGGUUGCUAUCAAGAUCAUCCGUAAUAAGAAGCGAUUCCAUCAGCAGGCUCUCAUUGAGGUCAAUCUUCUCCAGAAGCUCAAGGAGUGGGACCCUCAUGGCAAGCACAGCGUGGUCAACUUUACCCAAAGCUUCUACUUCCGAGGCCAUCUGUGUAUUUCAACCGAACUGCUUGGCAUGAACCUUUAUGAGUUCAUCAAGGCGCAUGAGUUCCGGGGUUUCUCGCUGAAGCUGAUUCGUGUGUUCACGAAGCAGAUGUUGAGCAGUUUGGUGUUGCUACACGCCAAGAAGGUGAUCCAUUGUGACUUGAAGCCCGAGAAUAUCCUGCUGGUUCACCCCUUGAACUCCGAGAUUCGUGUCAUUGAUUUCGGUUCGAGUUGCUUCGAAAAUGAAAAGGUCUACACCUACAUCCAGAGUCGUUUCUACCGCUCACCGGAGGUGAUUCUGGGAAUGUCAUACGGCAUGCCGAUUGACAUGUGGAGUUUAGGCUGCAUUUUAGCUGAACUAUUUACUGGCUAUCCCAUCUUCCCUGGAGAGAACGAACAGGAACAACUUGCCUGCAUCAUGGAAGUAUUUGGUCCUCCGGAAAAACAUUUGAUUGAAAAGAGUUCUCGCAAGAAGCUGUUCUUCGAUUCUCUGGGCAAGCCUCGCUUGACUGUCUCAUCCAAGGGUCGUCGACGUCGCCCAAGCUCCAAGGAACUCCGCCAGGCCCUGAAGUGCGACGACGAGGCCUUCCUCGAUUUCAUCUCCCGCUGCCUCCGAUGGGAUCCUGCCCGUCGAAUCUCUCCCCACGAUGCGCUGAAGCACGAGUUCCUUACCGGCAUCAAGGCCCCUCGGCCCAGGAUACAUGGAACCAACUCACCCUCCAAGCGGGGCGCAUCUUCUUCGUCCCGUCCGCUCCCCGAUCCUCCGGGUGCUACCCUCAAGAGUGGGUUCUCCCGCCGCGAUAUCUCAGGCCAUUCUCCGGUCAAGAGUGGGAAACGCCACUCGACCGUCAAUGGCCCCCCGUCCAGCCCUGGCAAGCGAGGCUCUAGUAACACCACCAGCUCGGGCUCGGCUCUCCCUCGCGUCUCAGCACGGAGUAUCAGCGGGAAGCCGGACCUCGCUACCGCGGCGGCCGCGACAAGCCUGUCCGAUCGCCUAUACCUCAUUGCUGAUGCAUUUCCCUUCGUUUUAUACUUGAUGACCCAGGGCAAUCCCUUUCUCGACCCGCGGCAUGCGCAAUCGGGCUACUUGGCCUCAUCUUAUCUUAUUUACUCCACUCCCUCUCCAACCACUUCUUCCGUCAAUGGUUCAACGAUGAAUGGCUUCGAAAAACAAAGCCUGGACGAGGACGCCUUUGGCGACAAGGCCCUAGCAGGCCUCAAAACCUUCGACGCCUUCCCCAAAACAAAAGCCUCCUAUACGACCCCAACCCGCACCGGCGGCCAAUGGACCGUCCUCAUUCUGUGCAUCUGCACCUUCUUCAGCUACAGCGAAUUGAAAACAUGGUGGCGCGGCACGGAAAACUACCACUUCAGCGUUGAAAAGGGCGUCUCGCACGACCUCCAACUAAACCUCGACAUCGUCGUCGACAUGCCCUGCGACCACCUGCGCGUCAACAUCCAAGACGCAGCAGGCGACCGCAUCCUCGCUGGCGAACUCCUCAAACGCGAAAACACAAAUUGGUUACUGUGGAUGCAGCAGCGCAACUACGAAUCUCACAAUGCACACGAGUACCAGACGCUGUCUCAUGAGGGCGCUGACAGACUUGAGGAGCAAGAGGCUGAUUCUCAUGCUGGUCAUGUCCUCGGUGAAGUGCGCCAUAAUCCGCGCAAGAAGUUCCCAAAGGGUCCGAGGAUGCGAAGGGGCGAUAAGCAAGAUGCUUGUCGCAUUUAUGGUAGUUUGGAGGGAAAUAAGGUGCAAGGUGAUUUCCAUAUCACGGCACGAGGUCAUGGAUAUCAUGAGAACGCGCCGCAUCUGGAUCAUGGCUCAUUCAACUUCUCCCACAUGAUCACGGAGCUCUCUUUCGGUCCUCAUUAUCCGAAUCUGAUGAAUCCACUCGACAAGACUAUUGCCGAAAGUGAUGCGCACUACUACAAGUUCCAGUACUUCCUCUCUGUCGUGCCGACGAUAUACAGUCGUGGCAAGGGCGCACUAGAGGCUUAUGCGCGUGCCCCUGAAAAGCGCGGCCGCAACACCGUCUUCACAAACCAAUAUGCGGCAACUAGUCAGUCCGGAGCGCUUCCGGAAUCACCUAUGCUUACUCCGGGGAUUUUCUUCAAGUAUAACAUUGAGCCAAUCCUGCUGUUGGUUAGUGAAGAGAGGGCUGGAUUCUUAUCCCUCCUUAUCCGGGUUAUCAAUACGGUUUCCGGUGUCCUUGUUACUGGUGGAUGGCUAUUCCAGAUUACUUCUUGGGUUGGGGAUGUUUGGGGACGGAGGAAGAAUCGGUCCUCGGAGGGUUAUCUGACGGGCAAAUCUGCGGAGUAG